AUGGAUCUAUGCGCGGGGAGGGGAAAAGGGGGAGGGGGAAUCGAGAGGAAGAAUUUCGUGGGAUUCGUUUGGACAGAUCCUCUCUACCCAACCUUCCCCUCGCACUACCCAACCCCUUCGUCUCCCUCUCUAUGUAUCAUCAUCUCCCUCCCAUUUUCCCUUUCCCUCCCUACAACCCUUCCCCACUCCCUCCCUACACCCCUCGCCCUCCCUCCCUGCACCCCUCCCUUUCUCCCUUCCCCAUCCAUUUCCCUUCCCUCGCAGGUGGCGAGCUUCGGAGCAGUGCUGCCGAGCCACAACGUGGUGACGACGUCGUUCGUCCCGCACGACACACAUGAGGCGCAGGUGCAGUUCGCGCUGGAGCGCGGCGUGCCUGCUAUGCUAUGCAUCAUGGCCACCAAGCCCCAACCCUACCCCGCGCGCACGUUCGACCUCGCUCACUGCUCCCGCUGCCUCAUCCCAUGGUCCAUUGAAU